UCCAUCACUGCAGAGCCGGAAUGGCAGAUAAACCAUCAGACAAUUCAUCUGAGAAUGAAAGCCAGGAGGAGCAAAGAUGUGGAGUCCUGCAGAAGAUCAGGAAGUUCAACCCCAGAGAGGUUUUCACCUGGCAGCUUGCCAAGACGCUGGCCAUGGGUCAAGGUCUGGCGGCCUUCAUCUGUGGAACGGCGGUCUCCUCCCAGUACCUGGCCUCAAACUUCCACGUGGACACGCCCAUGCUGCAGAGCAUGCUGAACUACAUGCUGCUGUGCGUCACCUACACCAGCAUGCUGCUCUGCAGGACAGGGGACGGCAAUAUUUUGCAGAUUCUGAAGAAAAGAUGGUGGAAGUACGUCCUGCUGGGGCUGGUGGACGUGGAGGCCAACUACACUGUGGUGAAAGCGUACCAGUACACCACCCUGACCAGUGUGCAGCUGCUGGACUGCUUCAUCAUCCCCGUCCUGAUGCUGCUGUCCUGGUGGAUUCUGAAGACCCGAUAUAAGGUGGCUCACUAUGUAGCUGUGGGGAUCUGUCUUCUGGGAGUGGGGGCCAUGGUGGGGGCAGACCUGCUGGCGGGACGGGACCAAGGCUCCACCUCAAACAUCUUGUUGGGUGACGCCCUGGUGCUGCUCAGCGCCGCGCUGUACGCCGUGUCCAACGUGGCUCAGGAGUACACGGUGAAGAACCUGAGCAGGGUGGAGUUCCUGGGCAUGCUCGGCUUGUUCGGCACCAUCAUCAGCACCAUACAGAUGGUCAUCCUGGAGCGAAAGGCCGUCUCAACCAUCAACUGGAGCUGGGAAAUUGGGCUCCUGUUCGGUGCAUUUGCUCUCUGCAUGUAUGCUUUGUACAGUUUCAUGCCCAUCGUGGUGAAACUGACCAGCGCCACGUCCGUCAACCUGUCGCUGCUCACCGCCGACCUGUUCAGCCUCUUCUGUGGGAUCUUCCUGUUCCACUACAGCUUCUCUGGACUCUACCUGGUCUCCCUCGUGGUCAUCCUGAUUGGCUUCAUCACCUUCAAUGCCGUCCCAACUGUUACCAAGCCUGCAGAGCCCACCACCUCUUCCUCCUCCUCCUCCUCCAUCUGUGAGGAUGGUUGCCACGACAACCCAGUUACUCAGGAUGACAUCUCCAGUAAAGAAGUGUCUAUUGGAAUCCCCACCGAUAUGGACCUGAGAGAUGAUGAGGUACGGAUAAGAAAGCAGAAGAGGAGAAGCCUCGGAGAAGAAAACGGUGGUGAAGAUGCGGCUGGAGUUCGACACAGCACUAAAAUGUGAACAGCAACACGAGAGGCCCUGAAAAAAAUCAUCUUCAAACUCAUAAUUAUUGAGUUGGGUUUUAUUUUUUUAGCCUGCAACACUUAUACUAGUCUUAUUCUUUACUUUGUCAGACAUAAACUGUUUUUGAUUUUUGACCAAUAAAUAUUCUUCUUUCGUAAACAUCACGAGUGAGACACUAUUCUUCUAUUUUUUUAUGCAUCUUUGGACCAAACUCAGUGGUUCUGAUCCAGAUGACAGUUUUGUACUCAGACAUGAACACCUGGUACCUUUUCAAAUUCAUAUCAUACUGGGCAACAUCCAGUUUAUUCUAGCUGCUAAAUAGUGGUUAAUACGACUUAUAGAUUCUUAGAAAUGUCUGCAUCCUGUGAUGCUAAAAAGGCUGUUUGGGUCAUUUUCUUCAUUAUCUAGAAAAGUACAAAUUGUAUGUAUUUGUGUCUGGUAAAUCUUUCAUUUAUAACAUGUAUAUUUAAUUUUUUACAAGUAUUGAAUCAAGUGUUUUGUAUUUUUGUAUAGAAAUGAUUAAGCUGAAAACCAUUCCAUUUAUUGAUGUCUUCUGUAGGGAUGUUUGUUUUGGAAUGUGUAACAAUUUAAGCUCAUUUUAAUUUGAUAGCAGCACCUACAAGUUCCUUUCAAAAUAAAAUCCAUCUUGUGUCAAAUUAGACUCUCCUUCUGCUGCAA